AGAAAGUUGCAGUUUUUUCUUGCCUCAGAUCCAAAGAAAAUUAGCAAAAGCCUUUAACUCUCAGUGAGGACAAUGUCUCCAUUUUGCAUGUGAAAUUGCAGUCUUUAACUCGGUCUAAGAUAUCCUUUUGAUACUGAAAAAGAGAGAACAAUUAUGCGAAGGGAAGAACUAAAGCAAAAGAAAAGAGAGAAAGAUCCUUAAACAGCACCCCCAAAUCAUUGAACCCCACCACCUUGUAUGUAAUCUCAUAUUCCACAAUAAAUCCCCAGGAGUCCCUUGCAAUUCACUCAUUAUCUCUCUCUCCCCUUUCCCCUUUUUCCAGUGUUGAAUCCCAUUUCUUAUCCAAUUAUUAACAGCCCAUGUCCAACUAGUACUUGAUUACCACAAGGGGUAAGUUAAAUAGGUGGCACAAAAGUGAUGGAUUUGAGAAGAACAGCAGCUAAAAGCAGUGUUGUUGCAGGCUCAGUGUGGGAGACCAGGAUGAGGAGUGAUGAAAUCAGAGGUGGGUUUAAGGUUUUCAACGGAGAAGAUGACAGCAAUGGUGAAGAAAACAGUGAUAAGGGGUUGGGCUUGAAGAAAGGGCAAGCCUUUGGGAAGAGGAAGACAUGGAAAAGUGAGAGCUUUGAUGGGUUUGAGAAGAACCCGAUUCAGAUUGCUAAAGGUAAAGCUGAGGAGCAAUGCAAGAAGAGUCCGAUUAGGGUGGCUAAAGGAAGAUCUUCAAUGGAGAAUUGUAAAGAUUUGAGCUUGUCUGUUGAUGGUGGGAUUAAGAAGAUUCCAGUUCAGGUCAAGAAAGGGGUUAGGGAUCUUAGUAAAUCUGUUGAUGGGAUUGAGAGGACCCCAAUUCAUAGUAAGAAGCUAAGAUCUGAGGUUCAAGUAAGGAAGGCGAAAUCAGAUACAGUUAAGGUCUCCUCAGCUCAUUCUGGUAAUGGAAAUGGCAAUAAAGUUUUGGUUUUAGAUAAUGAAAAGAUUGAAAGAAAUGUGAAGAACUCGAAUGAAACUUUGAAGGAUGGAUCUUUGCCUGAGGAGCAUUGCAAAGAAUUUGCUGUGUGCCAAGAAAUGGUCAUUUCAAGCACUGGGAAUAUGGCCAAAGCAUCUCCAGAAAUACCAGUUGAUGAUGAUAUUGAUGAUGAUGAAGAAGAAGAAGACGAAGAAGAAUUCUAUGAAGAAGAAGAAGAAGAACAAGAAGAAGAAAUGGAGAUUGGGGAUGAAAAGAAAAGCUUUGACAUUAAGGAAAUGAAUGUACCAGAGGUGGAGAAGCCUAACAAAGAAGCUAAUGAAAUUACGAAAUUCCCAGAAGAAAAGAAAUCCAACAAAGCUGUGAAUGCGGUGACAAAGUUGCAAGAAAAUAAGCCUGGUAAAGUUGCUAAUGAAGUGAAGAAAAUUAGCCAAUUCCAUAACAAAGCUGCACCAUUUUCUUCAACUGUGAAUAAGCAACCACCACCAGUUGUUAAGUGUGCUACUUCAGUUUACACAACAUCUGCAAAAACUACAAAAUCUACUCCUUCCCCAGAUGAUUGCCAUUACCAGAGUUUUCCACAAACUCAGAACAAAUUGCAGAGUUUAGUUGAUUUGGUAAUGUGGAGAGAUGUGUCAAAAUCGGCAUUGAUCUUCGGGAUUGGAACAUUCAUCACCAUCUCAUCGUCUUACACACAAGACCUCAUCAGCUUUAUUACUGUAAUUUCCUAUGUGGGACUUGUUUACCUUGCUGCCAUAUUCCUUUACAGAUCAGUCAUCUGCAGGGGAAUUGUGGAUAUUGAUGAAUCAAGCUGUGUUGUUGGAGAAGAAGAAGCAAUUUGGGUACUUAAAUUGGUUCUUCCAUACUUGAAUGAGUUCUUAUUAAAGCUGAGGGCACUUUUCUCUGGUGAUCCUUCUACAACAAUGAAGUUGGCAGUGCUGCUGUUUGUUUUGGCCAGAUGUGGCAGCUCCAUAACUAUAUGGAAAAUGGCUAAAUUGGGAUUUUUUGGCGUUUUCACUGUUCCAAAAGUAUGCUGCUCUUAUUCUCAUCAAAUUACUGCAUACGGGAAAUUUUGGAUUAGACGCUUUCGAGAUGCAUGGGCGUCAUGCACACAUAAAAAAGCCGUGGCAGUGGCCAUCUUCACCCUGGUUUGGAACCUAUCUUCAAUUGUUGCUCGCAUAUGGGCCGCUUUCAUGCUAUUUGUGGCCUUCCGAUACUAUCAGCAAAGAAUAGUGACGGAGGAGUGGGUUGAGGCCCAAGCCGAGCCGAGCAAUAAUGAAGAAUCAUGGCAAGGACCGGUGGGGAGACGAAGACAACAUGGUUUUUAG